GGCCCGUCUAAAUUAAGAGAAAAGCCUCCUCCGCCCAGCACAUGGCCCGAGAUCCCUCCCACCACCACUACCACUUCCUCUCCCUAAAUGGCGGCCGACGCAGCCGCCACGCCCGCUCCCAAGCCCCCGCCUCCGCUGCCGGAGGAUUCCCAGCUGCCCACCUACCUCGGCGUCAGCUUCGCGCUCUUCCUCGCCACCCUCCCGGCCAGCACCGGCGCCCGCCACGUCGCCUCGCUCCAGUCCCGCGGCCGCCUCCUCGCCGCGCGCCUGCUCGCCGCCGAGGACCAGCUCCGCCAGCUGCGCGCGCGCCGCCGAGAGGACGCCCGCGCCAACGCCCGCGCCGCCGAGAUCUUCGCGGGCCACCGCGCCGCAUGGAUGGAGGCCGAGCGCCGCCUCCUGGCCCGCGCCGCCGCGGCAGGGGACGAGGCCGCCUCGCUCCGCGCGCGCCUCGCCGACGCGGAGGCCGACGCCGCCGCGCUGCGCGCCCGCGUCGAGCGCCUCGAGCGCGAGGCCGCCGAGCGGGACGAGCUGCUCACCGCGCUCCUGGCGGCGACCUCCCGCGCCGGCGAGGGGGAGGGGGAACGCGUGCCCGGCGACGAGCGGGAGGAGGGCCAGGAAACGGUGCCCGUGCCGCCGUUGGAUCCGCCUGAGACCACAGACGCGGAGGCCCUGGCCGCCGCGGCUGCGCUCUACGCGCAGCAGCGCCAGAAGCACGACGGCUAUGGCGACGACUUCUACACGGCGGCCACGGCCGCGUCGGGAAUGCCGCCGUGGAUGGACCCAUCAAAAGGCUGGCAGGACCUGAAGUAUGAUACAGUUGAGUCAACGUACAACACAAAGCACGCUGUACCAAGGAGAGAGUCACCCUGGAAGGUGGAUGUAGAAUCAUCAGGAGUUCCUGCAAAACUUAGGUUGCUUGAACAGGAAUUAAUCAACCUGGAAAAGGUAGUGAAUGGAGAUUUAUCCAAGUUUCCAUUGGUGAUGAGAAAACAAGUGAAAAGAUACCAAACUCUCGCUGGGAAAAUUGAUGAUCUUUGCAAACGGAUGCAAACUAGUGACCCUUGUGAUUCAACACUUAGCUCAGAGUUCAGAACGCAGCGGCAAACAGAAUUCCUUCUGGAAGCAUUCCACCUUCAGCACCGAGCAACUGAAACAAGGCAGAAGCUGAGCACACUGCAAGCAGAGACCGCAAAAAGCAGCUUCGGUGAUGAGUUAACAGCAGAAGCCAAAAUGUGCACAAGAAGAGCACUAAGUUCAAUUAGGAAUAACUUCAAGGAAAUCCAGCGAAGCUUGGAGAUUUGGCUGGCAAGGAUUCUUGGAGACCUGGAGGGUAUGUUAGCAAGGGAUGGGGCCUCACGCAUUAGGGAAUAUUUUCUGUCUCCGUAUGCUUCUGCUGUUCGGUGAAUGGUCGUCUUCCCCUUACAAGUUACAAAUAUAGAGAUUCAAUGAACAUGCUGGACAGCCCAUUGGUAUUUGCCCUCAGCAGGUAAAACAUCAAGUUCAUGCUCACUCAUGUAGCCCCUUGACCUUUAUGCCGAUCAUUAGCAGAAUUGAAGAGAAAUGAUCUAGGAUCAUACCAAGUUUUACAGGCAGAAAAAAAGAGAUUGAUUUCUGCAACCCCAUUGGUCUCAAAUUUUGACCUCUAUUGUAUCAUGUCCUAGAUCAGUUGUCUUCAUGUUUGUUGGCAGGCUGUAGGCUACUCGCCAUACUGUUUGCACAUAGGCGUUGAUCUGGUUGCAGGCUUUAUCUGCCUCUCAGUAGUUCUCCAUUUUGUUAGGAUUUGUAUAGCUGUAUGUUUAUGAUUGUGAUGGAUUCACCUAAUAACUGUAUGUAGAACACAACCUUUGAUGUACUAAACCUUGUUCUUGUCACUUAUGAUUACUUAUAUGUGCGCUGCCAA